CCCAAACCAUCCGCCUCAUUUGCAGACAGAGAGCCUUUUACCCCCCACCCCUCCCCUCGCUCUCUCUCUCUCGCUCUCUCGCUCUCUGUGUGUGUUUCUCCCUCUCGAGAUCACUCGUUCGGCUCGCUUUUUCCUCCACACUCAGACGCGGAAACUUGGUGCGAGAUACGAGCCUGGAUUAUUUGAUUUUUUUUUUUUUAAAGGGAAUCGACUACUAAAAUAGGUUACAAGGCAUCAGUGCGUGGACGUAACCCGAGGGGGUCUCUCUCUCUCUCUCUCUCUCUCUCUCUCUUUUCAAACGCAACUCAACUCGAGGUUAGAGAUUUCAGCCCCUGGAUUUGAUCCCCGGCUCUUUGGACGAGACUCAUUCCUGCCAGCAGACCACAUCCUCUGCAGACGAGUGGCAUAUUUAGACGAUAACGGAUAAUAUAUAUAUAUAUGUAUAUAUAAACCUCCGCAAGCCUAGUGGUGGAGAGAGCCCUACUCUGUCCAGUCGGAUCAAGGAUUUUGUGGAUUAAUGCUCUUGAAGACACAGCGGCGAGCUUCGGUUUUCAUGGGAUAAUUGUGAUCGCGUUUUUUUUUUGUGUGUGUGGCUUAAUUAGGCCCCGUUUCCACUGCAGCCAAACGCACACAGAUAGAAAAAUGUUUUGACAGUGUUUAUUUGCUGAAAAUUGACACGGGGAGUGUGUGUUUUUUUUAAAGGGGGGUCAGGCAACACAUUGGAGGCUACAUGCUCCUGCGUUGUAGCAGAUUUCCCCUGCCGCUACAGAGGUGUACAGGCUGCUAGAUUCAUUAUUAUAGCCUAGUCUUAAAACGCCCCGGGGGGUGAUGGUUAUUUAUCCCCAGAGGAAAAAGCUGACUGUCCCGUGAACCUCGACACGCUGUUUAUUAUUUUUUUCCCCCUUUCUCGGUGAUCUAGUCUGCAGGAGAAAGCGACAGAGACUGGCGUAUGCUACAGAUUUCCUCUGCUUAUCCAGCUCCCAGUUUUUCCACCGUAUUUUCUCAGGCUGCUUGUCAUCGCCUGGACUCGGAUCCCGGAAUCUUCAUGAUUUGCGGACACCAUGCUCGUUUUUUAGCCGGGGAACCCUCUUUUCGUCCCGCAUGUUUAGGACCAAACGAUCGGGGCUCGUCCGGCGACUCUGGAGGAGCCGUGCGCCCGUGGAGGGCGACGGGGAGGCGGAUAGAGGGACGCAUGGCUCCGGGGGCUGCUGCAUGGGCAAAACGACAAAGGUGGCCAAGUCCAACGCCGGGUCGGAGGCUGAAUUGAAGGCGUUGACCCACUCGAUACUGAAAAAGAUCAAAGAGAAACAAUUAGAGGUGCUUUUGCAGGCGGUGGAGUCCAAGGGGGGCGCCCGAAGCCCCUGCUUGCUCCUGCCCAGCAAAGUGGACGCCAAAGUGGGUCAACAGUCUUACUCUCUCCCCAUGCUGCUCUACAAAGUGUUCAGGUGGCCGGACCUCAGGCAUUCCUCGGAGCUGAAGAGGCUGUCUUGCUGUGAAUCCUACGGGAAAAUCAACCCAGAGCUCGUUUGCUGCAACCCGCACCACAUGAGCAGGCUUUGUGAACUCGAGUCUCCUCCUCCUCCAUAUUCGCGCUAUCCCAUGGACUAUCUUAAACCACCAGAUUCUCCAGACUCUGGACCUUCAUCCAGUGAUACUGGGGGAACAACAUACUCAGCCCCUGUGGGGCUUUCAGAUUCCUUGGCGUUGCAGGAGUCUGGCGAGCGGGCCCAUUGGUGCGUGGUGGCAUACUGGGAGGAGAAGACACGCGUCGGGCGCCUCUACUCAGUCCAGGAGCCCUCUCUGGACAUCUUCUACGAUCUACCUCAGGGGAACGGCUUCUGCCUGGGCCAGCUCUGCUCCGACAACAAGUCCCAGCUGGUGCAGAUGGUGCGGGCCAAGAUCGGCUACGGCAUCCAGCUUACGCGCGAGCCGGAUGGGGUGUGGGUCUACAACCGCAGCUGCUACCCGAUCUUCAUUAAGUCGGCCACACUGGACAACCCGGACUCGCGCACGCUGCUGGUACACAAGGUGUUCCCUGGCUUCUCCAUCAAAGCUUUUGACUAUGACAAGGCCGGCAGCCUGCAGAGGCCGAACGACCACGAGUUCACUCAGCAGCCUCGCACAGGCUUCACGGUGCAGAUAAGCUUUGUGAAAGGCUGGGGACAGUGCUACACCAGACAGUUCAUCAGUAGCUGCCCGUGCUGGUUGGAAGUCAUCUUCAACACCCGAUAGCAGCAGCCUUCCUCUUCUUCACCCUCCUCGCCUCUUUUUUGCCCCCUUCACAAACAGACUACACCCACUUUUCCUUUUUUUUGUUCCAGAGGUUCAAAGAGAGAAAAAAAGUUUUAAAAGAAGAAGAAGAAAGUAUAAAACUCUGACGGACUUUGUUUAAUAAAUGACGAAGAUUUAAUUAAAUAAAAUAAGAAGCGAAAAAUGUAUUUUAUGUUAUAUAUAAAUAUAUUAUUAAUUGUAAAUAUGAAGACGUUUUAUAUGCAUCAUUAUUUAUGUAUUGUGCAAUGUGUUGAUGAGAAAAAGAAAAUAAGAUGCACUUUGCUUAAUAUAAAUGCAAAACAAAGAAAUGCCAAAAUAAAAAAAGUACAAAUAA